GGAACUUCAGCUGGCGCCCUGCAGCCUUCCUUCCCGGGACAAGCGCCAGCGCGGGAGGUGUAUGCCGGCGGCGAUCGAGCUCACACCAUCGCCACGCUCCUGCUUCGCCACGCUCUCGCCGUGGCACUGGCUACUGCUCACCGCCAUCGCUCUCACCCCGACUCUCGCCGCAGUCAUAGCCCUCGGCACUGCACACCGCCUUCAUCGCUCUGCUGCUGAGCGCGAGUCGCGUGCCUCCGAGGCGUCAGCGCGGCGUGCGCAGUUGGUGAAAACGCUCGACGACGCGCAAAUUGCCGAAGCGCGGAUACGGCUGCGCGUCAGCGUCCCGACCUUUGCCCUCGGCUGGGCCCUCUUCGUCUUCUGCGAAGAUAUCUUUUCUCACAUGUGCUCGCUCGUCGGCCCAUCCGCGAGCGUGCCUGCGCCCAUGCUCAUUCCCGCGGCAGCCGCGCCCAUCCUCGUCCUCCUCUCGUGCCGGCCGACUGACCGAGUCGCCAUCAGAUGCGCCUGCCUGUUCCUCGUCGCGAGGGAGCUGUAUGAAGCCUCGUCGAGUUUGCACUACGUGCUCAGCGAGGAGUUGGUGGCUGCUCGCGCGGCCGGCUGGGACGAGUGCAGCUCGUACCACUUCUCCGUCCCAGCGACCAAAGCCGUGCUCGCCCUGUAUCACGGCCUCUUCUACGCCUCGUCGCUGAGGCUAUCGGCACGGCCGGCGCUCCAGCGGCUCUGGCUCGGCUUGCGAUGCUACUUCGUCAUCAACGCGCUGCUGAGGCUCCUCCCAAAGUACGCUCUUGCGGUGCACUUCGGCUGCUCCUCCGACGGACCGGCGUACUCAGUGCUUGCGCUCGUCUACUUCUACGGCUUCGGCCUUCUCUUCUCCCUGCCGCUCACCGCCCAGAACCGUGGGAGGGUGCACAACCUCCUCGGCGGCGCCGGUCUCGAUGAGCGCGCCAGGCGCACCUCCGCCGUCGCCGCCCUCUUUGGCCGAGACGGCUUUCGCUCGACGCGCAGCCGCGUGAUCGACGCCGUCAGCCGCUUCAAGGCUGUGCGGCUCUCCGCCCUCUCCACUGCGGUUCUCGGCGAUUCGGCGGCGUCGGAGGACGAGCGAGCCCUUCUCGACUCCCACGCGGAGCAGGCCAGCCUCGGAGGUGUUGACGCGUUCAUCAGCCAUAGUUGGGGCGACGACGCCGAAGCCAAGUACCGCGCGAUCGAGCAGUGGUCGCAGGCCUUUGCGCAGGCUCACGGACGCACCCCGCUCCUCUGGCUCGACAAGGCGUGCGUCGACCAGAGGGACAUCGAGCGCUCGCUGCGUGGCUUGCCCAUCUUUAUCGGCGGCUGCAACCACUUUGUCGUCCUCGCGGGAAGCACCUACCUUCAGAGGCUCUGGUGUGUGCUCGAGAUUUUCUGCUUCCUCUCGCUCGGAGGCACGGUCUCCCGCAUCUCGGUCUUGCACCUGGCGGACAAGGGAGCCUCGUCGGGCUUUGGGGGAGAGCUCGACGCGUCCAACUUCAAACUGGCGCAGACGGCCUGCGCCUACCGCAAGGACCGCGAUCGCAUCCUGGCGGUGAUCGAGGCCACGUACGGCUACAACAAGCCGUUUGAUCGCCUCGUCCGCAAGCUGCUCUCGACGGAGCGCGUGAGCACGGAGCUGGGCGACGCCUCCACCCGCACCACCACCGCCCGCACUACCGCCCGCACCACCGCCGGUGAUGCCCUAAGAUAAGGCGCGAAGAAGAAGAAGAAGGGUGGUGGGAGCGGCGGCGCUGGGCCAAGCAAGCCCGAGGCGGCCGCCGCCGCGGCGGAGGCGACGAAGCGGCGGCAGCGGUGGCGACGGUGGAGGCGGCGGAGGCGGCGGAGCUGGCUGCGGCGCUCGAGGAGAGCGCGAGGCUGGAGGACGAUGCGAGGCGAGGGGCCGGUACGAGGUCGGGCUUCGUGCUGCAAGACGCAGCUCGUCCCUCCGAACUGGCGUCACAGAGAGCGAGGUGCCGCCCGAGCUGCAGUGCCCGCUGGCUGGGCACACCUACCUGGAGAAGUGGUCUUCGCGAUGGGCAACCACCGACCCAUUGAGCAGUGCUCGAGCACACGAGCCUCACGCCGAACGUGGCGCUGCGCAGCAUGUGCCGCCGGUACGAGCGGCGUAACGGGAGGACACGCGAACGAAAGAGGACCUUGAACGUCGAAGCAUGAAGGUGACCCCCGCCCACCGUCACCGUCACCAAGCAUCCCCGUCGCUACCGCCCUCCACACCCGCCGCCCUAUGGUUCACACUCGUCUUUGCCCAGAACACAUGACAGAGCAUUAGCGGGGGCGGGAGUGACGCGUGUGAAGAACUGGGAAAUGUUCAGUACCUGUGUUGCAAUGCUCAGCCGGAUGGUAAUUGGC